UUGCCCUCCCAAAGGUUCUGGCCUUCUAGGGUUGACCGUUUCCUGAUAUAUUUCUUUUCCUCUAGUCUUGUCAUAAAUGAUCAAAUCUUUUAUAUGUAAUAACAAAUCCCUAUUUUGCACUAAAAGACCUCGGCUCUUCUGUCAGAUCGCCACCGAGGGAAUUUUGAAACUUGGUGGGUGUUUUUAAUAGAAAGGCACUAUCUUUGUGAACCAUGGGGACCCCAGAAACUUCACGAGAGCCAUGCCCUGAUCGAAUUCUUGAUGAUAUUGGUGGUGCUUUUGGUAUGGGUGCUGUUGGAGGUGCAGCCUUCCACUUCUUGAAAGGCAUGUCUAACUCACCUAGUGGUGCUCGGUUGAUUGGAGGAACUCAAGCAUUGCGUAUGAAUGCCCCUCGUGUUGGUGGUAGUUUUGCUGUUUGGGGUGGCCUUUUUUCCACCUUUGAUUGCACUAUGGUGUACGUGCGACAGAAGGAAGAUCCGUGGAACUCGAUUAUAGCUGGUGCUGCCACUGGAGGGUUUCUUUCAAUGCGUCAAGGACUUGGUGCUGCUUCCAGAUCAGCAAUCUUUGGUGGGGUUCUGCUUGCCUUGAUUGAAGGGGCUGGUAUCAUGUUGAAUAAAUUUCUCAGUCAACCACAGAUGCCUAUUAUGAUUGAAGAGCCAGCACCGAAUGCAGCUGGAAUGCCUGGAUUUCCAAUGGGGCAAUUGCCAAACCAAGCCCCUCUAUCAGUUGACAGUUUGAGACAGGGCUCACCUUCGUCAUCAUCAUCAUCAGCUUCUUCAUCAAAUUCUUCCUCUUCAUGGUUUGGAGGACUCUUUGGUGGAAAGAAGCAAGAAUCAGCAACAGGUAGUGGAAGUGUGACGGGGGUUUUGGAAAGCUUUGAUGCUCCUCCCGUGCCAUCGUUUGAAUACAAAUAAAGUGGUGGCUAGCCAUUUUGCCGCUGUUACCAGAACCUAACUUAAAUCUCUGUAAUCCCGCCCUAUUCUCAGCACUUAAAAGUGUUUGAACUUAUUCAACAUGCAUUUUAUCAUGAUUCAGUGCCGUAUUGCAUAUUGAUUCUAUUGUAGCAGAAA